GGCAUCCACUGCGCUUAGCCAUGGAUUGCAAUGAUCUACAACGACAAAUGGCAGAUAGACGGCGCAGGUGCUUCGACCGGACCACAGGAGGAGAGGCGGAAGCCGCUGUCCUCUCCAGACAGCACUCUGGUGGGUCUUCCCACCGCCGAACUGGCCGAUGUCAGUUCAGAUGAUGCACCAGUCUGGAUGUCCGAGGAUGACCAGGACGUCUUCGGCAUGAGCUCAGUUCGACCAGAGGUGAGGAUGACGUUGUGCGACAUGGUCACAGCAAUUCUUGUCCCUUGGGCGGCUUUCGCUCUGAGUCUGGUGAUCUUUAUUUGCCUGUACCAUGACCAUGCAGUGCUGGUGUGGAUUUUGCAGAUCCUUUGCACCCUCCUGGCCCUUUGUACGGUGCUGACUGGUCACCGAGUUCGAGAUGCAAUGAUCAUCUCCCUGGGUUUUCUCAGCUUGGCCUCGAUCGCCCUCGGUGCCGCAGCUGGGACCUGGUUGGAGGCCGAAUAUCUGCAAAGGUUUUGGCAGCUCUACCGCGCCUCAAGUUACCAGUUGAUCCUCCCUAGUUCAGAUCCCAGCAAGCUCCCCAUGGAUUCCUUCUUGAGGUUUUCGGAUGGCACGGUGCUGGAUGACUUCCAUGCGCUGGGAUACUUAGCCAAAGGCAACACCUACUGCGUGGCGCCCAUUCGCUUAACUGGCAGCUCCAGUGAGCCUGUGCGCUACUGGGCCGUGGGCAAGAACUGCUGUGACAGGAGAGGGACCUUUAACUGCGGACCUCAACCGGAGCACGCCGCAGUUAUCGCUGAACAUUUGGAUGAGACCUUUUUAAGAGCCGUGCUCCAAGCGUCCUCGGUGUACCACCUACCACUCGAAGAGGUGGAUGUGGCAAAGCCGCAGCUGGUGACGUUGAUCGAACAUCCCAGUCAGCUCUUAGCAGAGAUAUGGUACGAAAGCACUCGGGUGGCCGUGAUGGCGGCUUUGAUGCACCUGGCUGUUUGUGUCAUUGCAGUCUUGACGAUGGCAACAGCUACGGCCUACGGAAGGAAACUGAAAGAUUCGCUUUGAGAAAAAUGGGGCGGAAC